AUCAUUACGAGUACCCGUAGUGCACGUGACAAUCAGCUGACUGAAGUUUGAGGAAGGAAAAGCUAAACAAAAACACAUACAAAACGCUCGAACCCAUAGAAUUAUAACUAGUUUAGUAAGCAUGGAGGCGACGCUUGAACAGCAUCUUGAUGAGACUAUGAAGCAUCCAGCGAUCGUGGGUGUGCUGGUUACAGAUCAACAAGGACACAACUUGGGCUGUCGUGGAUCCUUGUCUGACGAACACGGGGGUGUGGUAUCAGUACUGGCCAAACAGGCGGCAGGCCUUAGCAAAGACCCGACGGAUAGCCCCACUGUGUGCCUGGAGUCAGAUACAGGGAACGUUCUGGUUAGGACACACGGGAGCAUCACCGUGGCAGUGCACAAAAUGGCGUGCUAAAGAUGCCCCGUUUCCUGUACAGUGAUUUAUACGAACAUGCAGUCAUGAGCUUAUAAAUGAUACCUUUGUAUUCUUUUCCUUGUAUAAAACCUUUUAAAAUGUGUAGUAUUGUUAUUAUGGUUGUUUUUCACGCCACACAUAAACAAAGUAUGCAUCAUGUGUUCACAUUUAGAAUUAAAAGAAUCUGCAUACAUCUUUCAUAGUAAGUGUCCUAAAAUAAUGCAAGCUUCACCUGUGUCCCAAAUGCUGUAUAUUAUACAUUAAAAUACUUCAACCUUUUUUAAAUAGAUUGGUUUUCAACACUUAUUAUUAAGGACAUAUUUCUUUCAUAUCCUGCCUGUAUUUCCUAAGGACAUUGACCUAGUAUACAGUAAGUAUGCAAAAGUACCAUUUUGCAUAACCAAAUCUAUUCUUAACUUGCAACUAAUCAUCUUGUUCAUAUCUUUACACAUUUUUACUGAGUCAACAUCCUGCUACUACUAGUACUAAACGACUACUUCUACUACUGUCCUUGUUUAAAAUUGUUAAAAAAAUCAGGUAAACACGUAUUGAGGUCACCAUUUUAUGUACACCUUCAAUGGUUGUCCAUAAAUUUGAAAUCACAAUAAAUCCAUAACCUCUACAGACCAUAGUUAUUCUCAAACUAUAAACAAGUGUGGAAUGACAAGGUGGAGCUGAUGUCUGGUUCGGAUGGCGAAGCACCUUGGGAUGUUUUUUUUCUACUGCACCUACCUCUGAUGGCCUGGGCCAGAAACAUACAUCAACAUGUCUAUUCGGUAGUCUUGAGUAUAUUUGCUGCCCAUAAAGGGUAUUCUCUGAGAGAUAAGUAGUACUUUAUACGUUGAUAAAAAAACUGCGUGGAGCGAUGUCCUUUGCCGGAACGUAAUUGUAAUCUACGAACAUAUCAGGAACGAGUGUGAACACAGGUUAUUCGGUUCCCAGGACUAGUUCAAGAGUUUUAGAGAGAAUAGAAGAAGCUUUGGGCAGCCUUGCCCUUCAAUUGUUCAUUAUAUUCACCUUUGUCCACCAAAACAAAUAUUAAACCUAGGCAAGGCAAGGCAAGCCCAGUUUAUUUAUACAAAA